UUGUUAGAACGUGCUAUUUUGUUUUUGUUUUGGAUUUUAAUCUCACGAUGAAUCCAAAUGAAAAAUAUACACCUUUUAAAGAGGCCAAAUAUUGUUUUGUUCCUUCCUGCAAGAACAAUUCUAUUAAACAUAAAGAAAAAAUGUUUUUUGUGGUGCCCAGUGCGUCUAAGCAAGACUGGUGUAAAGCAUUAAAAGAAGAUAUAACUAACUACAUGUAUUGGUCAACUAUGAGAGGACGACCCAAACUCAAAGCUUCUUUACCGCAGUCCCUUCAACCCAACAUAUCUCCAUUAAGGGAACCUCAGCCAAGCACAUCAUCAGCAGCAAUUCCAAUGGAGAUAGAUAGUGUCACAGAAAUUAAGAUUUUAUUAUGUAAUAAAGGUGUGCAAGUGAAACCAAAAAUGGCAGAUCGGACCACUAACUGUUCUUUGAGUAAAAUUAAGACAGCUCCAUCAUCUUUUUGUCACGAUGAUGAUGACUUUAAUAGGGAACAAAUUGAUAUUGAUGAUGCCAUACCAUCAACACAGGGUAGCACUACUACUACUACUUCUGUAGAUGUUUCUGACAUUACCAACGAAAACAUACAAAAAUCCUUCAUGCUAGAAAUAAUUGAAAAAAGGCCAUUAGAUUACAUAGGAUUACCACAAAAUUAUUAUUGGUUAAUAAACUUUUUUGAGUCUCAUUUAAAAUUAAAAUCUAUACAUAUUAUAAUAACAUUAUACAAAAUUAAAAAUAAUUUAUCAUUCAGGCAAAUAUCAGACAUGUUUUGUAUAUCUCUAAGCACUUUAUGGCGUAUAUUUUAUAAAGCUCUUUAUUUACUAUCUAAUUUUUUUAAACAAUUGAUUUUCUGUCCCCCUAUUUUGACUGUAAAACGAAACUUACCAUCUUCUUUUAAAACAAAUAAAGAAUACUCAAAUAUAUAUUGCAUAAUAGAUUGUUUUGAAAUAGAAAUAGAAAAACCAUCCAAGCCCAUAGAGCAAUCACUGACCUGGUCUCAGUAUAAAAAUGCUAACACACUAAAAUAUUUAUUGGCUUCAACACCUGAUGGUUUCAUUGUUUUUGUAUCAGCUGGCCAUGGUGGUAGGAUAUCUGAUACAAACAUAGUGGAAGUAUCUAGAUUUUUAGAUGUGUUACCACCUAACUGCUCAAUAUUAGCAGAUCGGGGAUUCAAACAUAUUGAUACUUUAUUGACUAAAAAAGGCAUAAAGCUUCUUCGUCCACCAAGUGUUAUAAAAAAUGUUAAAUUAACAAAAAAAGAAGCCAUUCAAAGUAAAGUUAUUGCCAGUCUACGCAUUCACAUAGAGAGGGUUAUUAGGAGAAUAAGAUUAUUUAAAUUGUUAAAACCACAUUCUGUUAUUAAUAAUAAGUUAAUUCAAUACAUUGAUGAAGAAGUGAUAAUAGCAUGUGGUUUGAUUAAUUUACAAAGUUCCAUAGUAAAAAAUUGUUAAAACCACAUUCUAUUAUCACUACAUAGUAUAAAACAAAGGUCACUUUCUCUGUUCCUCUGUAUGCUUAAAUCUUUCAAACUACGCAACGAUCUUAUAAUGACUUUAUGACUGACUGAGAAUGACUUUAUAAAUUAAUCAAACCACAUGCUAUUGUCACCACAAUAGCAUAUGGUUUGAUUAAUUUAUAAAGUUCCAUAGUAAAAAAUUGUUAAAACCACGAUAGAUGAAGUGGGGACCAUAGUAUGUGGUUUGAUCAAUUUAUUAAGGUCUAUAUUAAAUAUAAAUAAUGAAUAGGCUGUAAAAGUAAUUUUGAACAGUGUGAUUUCUGUAUGUAAGGACAUUUAGGUUA